UGCUAAGCUCUCUUCUUGAGCAGCCCCAGCAGCCCUGCCUUCUUUGCUGGAGAAUAUAUUCAGGGAUUCCCCUUAAUAAUCACCUACCCUCUGAGCACUUUGUAGUUUUAAAAUAAUAAAGAGCGCCCGUUCAAAGCUUUCUUCUCUUCUAAAAGCAGGAAUCUUUCUCUUCAGAGCCAGGGGGGCAGCAACAGCUCCUCAGCACUGAAGCAGCUCCGAGUCCAUUCCCCGGUCCCUCUGCUGGGGAGGAAACUCUGGUCUGUCAGCCCAACAGAGGGAAGGGGGGAGAGGAGAGAGAGGAGAGAAAAAAAAGCAGCUGGAAAGACAAUCUGCUUCAUUUUGACCAGUCACCAUUCCAGGAUAGGGGUCCCUAGGACUCUCUGCUAACGUUGACAUGGUACAGAAGAUAGUACAGAAGAUUUAGAAUUGGCUGAUGUUCACAAGGAAAAGAGUCACGUGAUGUAUGAAGGCAAACACAUACACUUUUCUGAGGUUGACAAUAAGCCGUUGUGCUCGUACAGCCCCAAACUGUGCAAGCAGAGGCGACUUAACGGCUACGCCUUCUGUAUCAGGCACGUUCUGGAGGACAAGACUGCCCCCUUCAAGCAAUGUGAAUAUGUGGCCAAGUACAAUAGCCAACGCUGCACCAACCCCAUCCCCAAAUCGGAGGACCGUAGGUACUGCAACAGUCACCUCCAGGUGCUUGGGUUUUUACCGAAAAAGGAGAGGAAGAAAAAGAAUGAUCCAAUAGAGGAGGUGAAAGUUCGGCACCAGAUGGAUUCCAUGGCCUUCAGUCUGACUGUCCCUCCAUUGGCCUUGAAGAUGCCCAAUGGCCUGGACGGGAUGUCCCUCUCUCCUCCGGGGGCCAGACUUCCUCUUCAUUACUUGGAAGCAGAGUUGGAAGACCCCUUUGCUUUUAACGAGGAAGAUGAUGAUCUCAAGAAAGGGGCAACGGUGAAGAAGAAGCUGCAGAGCAAACUAGCCCAGAACCGACAGCGCCAGAGAGAAACAGAGAUCCUGAAAGUUCGCCAAGAGCACUUUAGUCCCCUUCCUGCACCUUUGCAGCAGCAGCAGCCGCCUCAGCAGCAGCAGCAGCAGCACUCCCAUCUCUCACCUUUACCAACUUCUUUAAAGCCAGCAGGGCUACCACAGGGCUUAGUCUGCAAGUCACCUCAAUCUCAGAACACCAGCCUACCACUGCAGGGAGUGGCGCCCACCACACACACUAUAGCACAAGCCAGGCAGUUGUCCAACAGAAGACCUCUGCCUCUCCUGCACCCUGCCAGGGCUCCUGCCCCAGACCCACCCAGGGCUGACAGGAUCCUCAUGAAAGCCACAGCCUUCUCUCCACACUCAUUCUGUGUGAGCCGGCUACAGAGACUGGUGAAACUGUGCACUCACAAACAGCAGCUGGAUGCUGAUCUGUUUCCACACUUAGGGUUGGACUGGUCUGAAGACAGUGGAGAAGAACUGGAAGAACUGGAGCAAGCCUCACCAUAUCAGGUUGCAUGGUCUAUUCGGGAAGCCCUCAGAUAUGAAAGGAAUGAGCCAGUUGAUGAUGAUGCCAGUGGCAGGAGUUCCCGCAUUUCCCAACUUUGCACUUACUUUCAGCAGAAAUACAAGCACCUCUGCCGCCUGGAGCGGGCAGAAUCUCAUCAAAGGAAAUGCCAGCAUACAUUCCGGAAAGCAUUGCUGCGGGCAGCCAGCAGAGAGCCGGAGUGUGCAGGGCAGCUGAUACGAGAACUUCGAAGAGCAUCAUACACUCGGGCCAGCACAAGCCAAGUGAAGCAGAGGGAUGCAUCACCUUGUAAUGGAACAACGAAGGGUGAACCAUGCCCCAACAAGGCUCUACCAUUCACCAAACAUUGUUUUCAACAUAUCCUCUUGAACCGGUCACAGCAGCUUUUCUCAAGCUGCACAGCCAAGUUUGCUGAUGGACAGCAAUGCUCCGUGCCAGUUUUCGACAUUACGCAUCAGACACCUCUGUGUGAAGAACACGCCAAAAAAAUGGAUAACUUCUUGAGAGGAGACAGUUCUCGUAAAGUUCAGCACCAACAGCAGAGGAAACCCAGGAAAAAAACAAAGCCACCUGCGCUUACCAAAAAACACAAGAAGAAGAGAAGGCGAGGGCCACGACGACCCCAAAAACCAAUUCCUCCUGCUGUGCCCCAAGGAAACCUCAGUAUGCCCACCAGCGUCUCACUGCCAAUGGAGAUAUCCCAUUUACGGAGCCCUUCCACACCAGAGCUGAGUACAGAUGAGCUGCCAGAUGACAUCGCCAAUGAAAUCACAGACAUUCCACACGACCUUGAACUGAAUCAGGAGGACUUCUCUGAUGUCCUUCCGCGGCUGCCUGAUGACUUGCAAGACUUUGAUUUCUUUGAAGGUAAAAAUGGAGACCUCCUCCCUACCACCGAAGAGGCAGAAGAGCUGGAGCGAGCCCUGCAGGCUGUCACAUCUCUUGAGUGCCUGAGCACUAUUGGAGUGCUCACCCAGACAGACGGUGUGCCCGUCCAGGAGCUGUCGGACAGAGGCAUAGGGGUGUUUUCCACAGGUGCUGAAACUUCAGGAAUUCAAUCCUUGAGCCGGGAAGUCAAUGCCGAUCUAGGUGAGCUGCUGAAUGGGCGUAUAGUGCACGAUGACAAUUUCUCUAGCCUGGACCUGGAUGAUAGCUUGCUCCGUUCUGCUACCUUAUCCAACCCACCUACGCCCCUGGCAGGGCAGAUUCAGGGGCAAUUCUCCGCCCCAGCCAACGUUGGCCUUACUUCUGCCACUCUGAUGAGCCAGAGUGGGCUUGGGGAGAGAGCCUUCCCAGGACAGUUCCAAGGACUUCAUGAUGGCAGCCAUGCCUCCCAGAGGCCACACCCUGCCCAGCUGCUCAGCAAGGCAGACGACCUGAUCACCUCACGACAGCAAUACAGCAGUGACCAUUCACACUCCUCACCCCAUGGAAGCCAUUACGACAGCGAGCAUGUGCCCUCGCCCUACAGUGACCAUAUGACGUCCCCCCAUGCCACCCCCUACUCUGGCGAUACCUUGGCAGCUACCUUCUCCACAGAGAUGCCCAUCAUAGCACAGCAUUUGCUCCCGCCGCAACUGGAAGUGCCGCUCAGUGGGGUGGUGAAUCCCAGAACUCACUGGGGGAACCUCCCUGUCAACCUGGGCGACCCUUCCCCGUUCAGCAACCUGCUUGGCGCAGAUGGACAUCUCCUUUCCACCUCCCUGUCCACGCCGCCUACCACGUCGCACUCGGAGACCACACAGCCUGCCUUCGCCACCGUGACCCCCAACAGCUCCAGCGUGCUCCCGGGGUUACCCCAGACCAGCUUCAGUGGCAUGGGUGCGGCAUCCUCUGAACUCAUCGCCUCCACAUCUCCCAAGCAGCAGCUCCCGCAGUUCAGUGCGGCCUUUGGCCACCAGCUCAGCUCCCACAGCGGCAUUCCCAAGGACCUGCAGCCCAGCCACAGCUCCAUCGCUCCCCCCACAGGCUUCACAGUCACAGAACCUGUGCUCAAGUCCAGCGUACAAACUGUUUUUCCUCCAUCAUGCUCAGCUUUAAGCUUUUAUUUAAAGACUUCUUCCUCUUUCAGCCCUGCCUGCACCCGUGAGUGUUCAGAAUACUUAUUGUAGAUUUUAAAGAGAAAAGGUAUAUUAAUUUAUGCUAUUAACAUCACCUCAUAAAUUAUACAUUUUAUACUAAAAACUAUUGAGUGUAAUGAAUUAUGUUGCAUAUGUGUUUUAAUAGCUAUAAAAUUAUACACAUUAACAAAAAAUCUUGGACCCCUGCCCCUAUGAAGCACCUUUUUACACUGGAUCUUUGCCGUGUCAAGGUGUACAGUUAUUCUUUGCUACCUUGCAGAUAUAAAUAUAUAAAUAAAAAUUUAAAUCAUAUAAGGUGAAAAUGGUCUCUUGUAUUGACAAAGCAUAAAACUCUUUUUGACCCAUAUAUUCCUCCACUGAGGACUUUUGUUUUUCUGCAAUAAUUUAUCUGUGCUUUGUACCUAUAAUGGUUAGAUAUUUUUAGUUACAGGGUAAAUAGAUGAAAUUUGAAGGCCAAUUACUGCAGCUGGGACUUGUAAACCAAGUUUGUUAGACUCUUCUCUACCCUUCAAUAUAUGUAUUUCCAGUUAGGUUUCCAGGUUGGAAGUUCAAAUGACAAAAUGUUGAAUCUAGGGAUCCACAGUGUCUUAAUUGGGAAUUUUCUCCCCUCCUGUCCUCACAAAGGAAUUCCCACUGUGACUUUAUAUAUAGAACUUAGGUAACUUGUGUGCACGUAUGUAUACCACACACACACACACACACACACACACACACAAAUAUGCAUUGGGGUGAAAUUGUAUGUGUGAUAUAUGAAUGUGUAUAUUGUAUGUAGCUAUGGUUUGUUUGUUUGCUUUUUUUGUAAAGAGAAAAGUAGUUGAGGGUUGAUAGAAUGUCUUUGUGGAAAUGUGAUCACUUAGUUAGGGCUCAUUUUGUAUUCACUCCUGUACAAAUAACCAAACUGCAUAUAAUUUUCUGUUAUAAGGCUAACUCUCUGAUAUCAUGCUUGCUUGCUUGUUUCUGAUUCUCUGAAUCCAAUUGGAUUGAGUCUUGUUAAAAUGACAGAAAAAUGCCAUGUUUCCAAGACAGCCUUUUAAAUUCAUAAAUAAAGGGGAAGAACAUUGCUUAAGGAGAAUUUAAAGUGGAAUUUUUAUCUUUGGUGGGAAUGUCAGCCAUGGGAACCAGCUAAACAAAUUUAGGACAGUAUUAGAAUUGUCUGCCUCCAAUUAUGAAACAGCAUUCUUGUCAGUUGUGAACCCUUCUGUUAUGUGGCUUUUCCCUCCAUAUCACAUUGUCAUAUCAAAGUUCAAUGCAUCCUAUUUCAGAAGAGCACUGAAUGUCUGAAAAAUACUUGCUAGUGGGACUAACUCCGUUUUCAGUUCCAGAGACCAACACUCUAAUAACCAUUUCAAUUUCUGAUCAUGUCAGACCUUGAGAGGACUGGGAGUCCUUUCUUGGCAGGUGCCGGUGUAAGUCCUGCUGUGAGCUUAUCAUGGUCAGCAAGUGGGGGGGGGGGAGUGUUCCGGAGCCACCGCCUCCCUCGACUGCCUCUCCCUGUAACUGAGGUUAAGCAGCUAGUGCAUGAGGGAAACCUGUAUUCCUGUUCCUCUCCUUGACUGCAAGGAGGCGAUAGGAAGUAUCCACGUCCAUCUUCAGCUAAUUGCAAUUUUUAAUGUUCCUGGUUUAGAUUAUUAAUAAGCAGAGACAGGAAUGGACCUUUUGCCUACAGAUGCAGCCUUUGCUCCACCUUUAGUGGCAUGCCAGGAUGUCUCUAACCACAGUUUCCCAUUUCAUCUAAACUUGGAAAGCAUAGUUACUCGCUUUAGAAUUAGCCAAGAUCCUAAGUCAGUGGUUUUUCUUUAAAAAAAAAAAAGGUUUUGGCUUGUUGGAAAGCUGGCAACCAUAGUUCCCACUGAAGUUUGGUUUUGGGCAAAACUGAAAUUAUGCUUAGUAUAGUUGGUUUAACUGCAGCCCAUACAAAGGGAGGCUUCAUGCAUGAGCAAAAUGUUAGUGCAUAUCCUGAAUUAUUAAACUAUCAGAUUUUUGCCUGAAUGUGACCAGUAUUUGAACUGGGAGUUGCAAGAAGCUAGGGUCAUGAACUGUGGUUUGAAGCUGCCAUUUUCCAGUCAAGAAUAGUUAACACUAAGAGCAACCUGUCCAACUUUGGCUGUAAUGACAAACUGCAGUUAGUUGAGAAUGGAAGUGGCUGCUUCUGAAUGCCUGAGGCUUGGGCACGCAAUUCUGAAUGGGGGCUUGGCAGCACAUUGAACUGCACCACUGCCUGUGCUGCCAAAUGCCUUCGUUUUGGUGAAGGAGGAAGAGGCAUUUCCUUCCAGAGACUGGAGGGGUUCUCUGGAGGGCGUGCGUGUUCCUAAGGCUGGCUCCAGAUUUUGCUCAUUUCAGUAAGUGGCGAGGCAACAUUGCCAGUGUUUCAGAGACCUCAGCCAUCUUCCCCCAUUCCCUUUCUCAUUUGGAUAACAGAGCUGUACUAGCCAAACCAGAAACAGUUAUGCCUGCAAUGCUGUAUGUUCUGUUGUUAUAGAAAUCAUGUCACUUCACUUCAAAACCUCCAUCCAUCCAUGGGUUUUUUUAGCGCAACAGCAUGGGGCUUUUGAUGACAGCUUUCAUUGCAAAACAGGAUCUCUCUCUCUCUCUCUCUCUCUCUCUCUCUCUCUCUCUCUCUCUCUCUCAAAGUUGGGUUUCCCCACUGCUAGCUUUUUCCAAUUAUUUUUAUGAAACUCAUAUCCCUUGUACAUAUGCAUGCAGUGAGAGGGGGGAAAUGUGGGGAAUCUGUGGUCGUUGCUUCCUGUUAGUGGGUGAACAUGGGAAGUACCAGAGUGAAUUUAUUUAUGGGGGAAAGUAGAUUCCUUUUGUGUAUACAUGUACAGAGAGAUGUAUAUCAGAUGUGGCAGCACUUCGCUGAAUGUGGAACUGCCCUUUCCAUGUACAAACGAUAAGAAUGUGAGACUCCUAAUUAUAUAGUUGUGUGCAUAUUUGUGUCCAUACACUAACUAUACAAGUGGCACACAUACAAAAUCUUAUGUCACAAUGAGUAUCUGUGUGGGAUAAAGAUCUAUGUAUAAGAAGCUGAAAUUGUAGUUCCAUUUGAGGGUUUUGAAUGACUUAAACUGCUGUUUUGAUCACCAGUACUUUGGUUGGCAUGGAAAUCUCUUAAUGUGUUUGCUUUUAUUUCUGAUAUAAAAGCCCUACAGGAUCUCUUCUAGGUUCUCCCCCACUCCUGUUGAGCCCCCUUUGCAUAAUUUUAACUCCUUCACUUUUCUAUCAGAAUACACCUUUCUGCAUCCUUGAACACAGGAGACAAGUUCUCUCUAAGUAUUCAGAGUUAAUUCAGGUCUCAUACCCAAAUUCUUUAAACAGCUCAUUUUGAAGCCAGUUACUUAAACCAUUUUGGCUUGUUUGUUUGUUUGUUUGUUUGCUCUACCAAAGCAUAAAUCCCAAAUACAUUUUUUGUUAUUUUUGUUUCCACAUGAAACAUGUUUAAAAACUCCUUAAUUUUCCUCAAGAUGUAUAUGGGGGCUCUGUCUCCUCUGGACAUUCCUAAUCACUCGGGGUUGAACCAUCUUCUUAACUUCAGCACAAAUACCACUUUGAACCUGAGGCUUUAUAAAAUCAUCUAGUUGAUAUUUAACAAGAUUCAAUUGAUACUGAAUAAUUUUUCCCUGCAAACAAGGUUAUUUCAAAAUACACAUUAGGUUGUCUUAAGCUAACAGCUUCCUCACAUGACCCCGAGGCCGGCUGUGCACAUGGGUGACUUCAGUGCAUCUCUGGUUCCUCCAUGGCACAUUCGGCUUUUCUUUCAGAAUACAGCAAGGGAUGUGUGGGAAAAGGUGGCUCAAGAGGCAGCAGUAGUUGCAUCUCUUGCCCAUACGGCAGUCACUUAAUUUGCAACCUACAAUUUUAGUUAUGUGAAUCACCCUUCAGUUGGACUCAGGUAGCUCCCAGUAGAUGACUAGUGUGUGAAGUAGUAGAUAAGCCCCACUGAAAUCAUAGCCUGCUCCACUGUAGAAUGCACUUUCAAAUUCUUUGGUCUUCAGGGCUUCCGCAUUUGAUCAGUGUUUUGUUUUGUUAUUUUCCCUCUAAAUCUUGAGAGUAAUUCUAACCUGUAGCAGGAAAGUAUAAUCCCCUCGGUGUCCAUGCACAACAUAGGGACUGAUAUUGUAGGGCUGUUUCGGAAUAUGUAUGUAUAUAUACAUAGCACACUAUUUCAGGGCAUAUAUAUGUGUGUGUGUGUGUAUGUGUGUAUCUCUCUCUCUCAUCCCAGUCUACAUUCAUGAAUAUCUGAGAUAUAGAUACUUUGUAUGUGAUUCUUGGUUCAGUUUUGACAUUUAGCAAAAUGCUGUCCCUUCUGCAGUAGCAGAUAUAGCAUAAAUGAAAGAAAAAAUAUAAUUCUCAAAAGCCAUUUGAUAUUGUUGUUUAAUGAGAGAGAGGCUGGCUUAUUAAAUGCUGCCUGGUGUCAAGUAGCGAAGGUGCCUAUUUUUAAGUGGGGGGUCCUGUUGAUUGUAAAGAAUAGCCUUCUCCUUUUAAUCCUUUUUUUUAAUUGUAAAACACUUUCCCUCCAAGUGUCCCUACAAUCAACAUGCUUCCAUCACAGUUGUUGACCUUGUGCAUCUGACAGCACUGGUGUCAUUGAGGAGAAGGCAUGUUUUGAUGCCUCUGCAGAAAAACAAUAUUGUUCUGCCACCAUGAACAGCCCUUUCAAGGGUGGCCAUUUUUUUUAAAUGAAGAAAUGUCUAGAAAGGAAUUUUGCUUUUUUCAGUCAGAAAGUUCUUCACUUUUGUGUUCAAAAAGAAUUUCUCCGCCUGUUUUCUUACAUUGUAUUGUUAUUAUGUAACUCUCUCUUUUCCUAUAUCCAAACUGAAUUGAUAUGUUUGGGUAUAAAAUAUGAGGAGUGGAGAUUUAAGAACAUACGUUUGAUUCAUGGCUGGAGUAAGCAGUUCAAAGCCAAAUACUUUCAUUUAGAUGAAGCUGGAAAGGAGGACAUCAUUGGAUGAUUGAACUCUACCAGAAACUCUGGCAAGGCACCCUCUCUCAUUCAGCUGUCCUUGAGGGGAAGUUGGUAUUUGUGUCAUUUUAAAGCUAGCUACAUUACAGCUUGAUAUCAGAAGCAGCCUCAUAACAAAGAGCUUCAUGGCAGCAGCCACUUUCUGAAACGGAAGAAGUUGCAGUGGGAAAAACCAAGGUGAGGCAACAGUACAUUGAGGGAAGUGCAGCUUGCUAAAUGUUAACAUGCAUCCUUCAGGGUAAUUAACUGCACGGAAGCAAGGAUUAAUAGUCUACACCCGUUUGCCGUUCCCACUUCAGCACACAGCUUGUGUUUUUCUUUCUCAUACCUGGAAUGAAAAGCAGAGAAAACCUUUAACAAUUUGAAGCCUAAACAGCUGCUUAAAGGGAACGUGAUACGAGCGUGCACAAAAAAGCAAAUAUAAUAUCUAAUCUUGAGUAGAUAGGGACAAUCAAAAACAACAACUGUAUCCCUGCCAAUUCCAGCGUGAAUAGAGGCCUAGGUUUGUUCUGCUGGAAGGUCCCAAGGCAGCAUUUCAGAGGAGGGGUCGUGUAGCUGGCAUUUGUACUUUCCCUGGAAAUUGGAAGACUCUUUUGUUCCUCAUACUUCUCAAUGAAUGUACUGUAUUACCAUUUUAGAAAAGAAUCAAUGAAAUGAUAAGAUUGGUCUCCUUUGGUUAUCUGGUCCUUGUUUAAUUGGUUUAAGGGUUUUUGUAUACAGAAGUUUACAUUUUUAUGUAUAUUCUUGUGUAAAAAAUGAUGUAAUAUGUGUAUAAAACACUGUAUGUAUUAUCUGUAUAUAGUGUGAGAAAAUGAUUUUUUUCUUUCUUUCUUUUGGAUGUAUUAAUAAAUCUUGCUGUGAAGUA